CACGCACCUCGCGUUCCUACCGCACCUAGACUGCGCGCCGCACAGCCUGACUGAGAUAUCUACCCACGGGAAAGCGUAGCUGGUAGGGAUUGUGCCGCCGAGGGCUAGCAAACCUCCGCCAACAAAGUGUUUCUUGCAAAGCGGAGGAACUCCGCUAGUGUUCGGUGUAGAGCGAGAAGGAUCCUCCCCGUGGGUGUCUUGUUGUUCGGCCAUCGACGACAAUGAAGCUAGGGGAGAGAGUACCCGGGGUGGCGGCGCUGCUUCUCCUCGCUGCCGCGUGCUCCGUUGGGGCCGGUGAAGUGUUGGUGACGUGCGGAAGCGUGAUCAAGCUCAGGCACGACACGACCCGCUUCCACCUGCACUCGCACGUCAUCAAGUGGGGCGGCGGUAGCGGGCAGCAGAGCGUGACGGGGCACGGCGGCGAGGACGACCAGGGCUCCAUGUGGAUCGUUAAGGAGGGCGACGGAGCGCUGCCGUGCGAGGUGGGACAGCCCGUUGCGUGCGGCAGCGUGGUGCGGCUAGAGCACGUCUCCACCGGGAGGAACCUGCACUCUCACAACUUCAAGUCUCCGCUAACGCGUGGCCAGGAGGUCAGUGCGUUCGGAGACAGUGGCGAGGGGGAUGCCGGAGACUCGUGGGAGGUUACGUGCGUUCACAAGGGCAGCGAAACCUGGGCACGAGACGAGUCCGUCAGGCUCAAGCACGUCUCCACCAGCAACUCGACUCGGCUUGCUGAAGCCAUG